AUGUCAACAGCUUCUGGCGUGGCGCCGUCGAGCCUCUCGACGCCCCCUGCCGACACUACACUUGCAGCUUCCACCAUUAUCCCAGUCGAGCCCACUACUCCUCCUACCCCAACCACCGCCGCCAGUGCAACCGCACCUGUCACGGAUGCCACACCUACUCCCAAUGCCGAAGCGAUGAGUGCGAGCCAAGCUGCUCCUGCUCCUGCUCCUGCUGCCAAGGCCACCACUGAGGCCGCCUCUGCGGCCGGAGCGAGCACUGGCGCCCAGGCCACCUCAUCAUCCACGCCCUCUGCUACCAGGUCGGAUGCGCCCGCUACCAACGCCAAGCCGGCCAGCAGCAGCCGUGCAUCCGACGAAAAAGGCCCAGCUCCCCGGAGUACCAAGCCUGCGCACAAGAAGCGACGGAAACGUGGUGGUUUAGCUGGUCUUUUUGUCGCUCUCGGCUGUAUGUCGUCGGACGAGUUUGACGACGUGCCGCCCCCCAAGGUCGCCCCCGCGGGCGCAAACCGAAACGUUGCUGCUGGCACUUCUGCCAGUGCAACCUCCGCGACCAAGGGAACGACCUCGACUGGCCCAUCUGCGUCCGGAGGUGCCAAGACCGCUGCCGCCGCCGGGGCUGCUACUGUCGCAGGUGCUGCCACUGUUGCUACAAUUGCCAAGACGGAUGCUCCCUCAGCCGCCAAGUCUGAGAGCCCGGUGGUCGCAACGCCUGGCACAGGCUCCGCAUCUGAUGCAGCCGCUGAGUCGCCCGUUACACCAACGCGCGGCGGUGACUCUGUCGUUCUGGGUGGUGGUACCGAGCCAACCGUCCCCCCACUGGAGGAGACUGCCGGCCUUACUUCGGGUGCUGUACAAGCACCGGGCUCUGGAGGCGAGAUCCUCCACCAACACAUGCUCCAUCGCUCUGAGUCUGAACAACAUCUGGCGGCACAGCAGGGCGAGGCGGGCAAGGCCGAGUCGAGCGGUGGCUUCACAGACUUGAGCGAAGACGGCAUCGACGAGAGCGGACACCAGGAGAUGCUCUACAGCGACGACGAUUACGAGGAUGACGAGGACCGCCUGAUCGCGCAGGGCGGUAUUGGCAUCCCGAUCGACGAGAAUGGCAACCCUGCACCGUUGUUGCCAGCACUCAGCGGCAUCGAUAAGGAUCGCAAGUGUCUGGUCCUCGACCUCGACGAGACGCUCUUGCACUCAAGCUUCAAGAUGUUACCAUCUGCCGACUACAUUGUCCCUGUUGAGAUCGAGUCGCAGACGCACAACGUCUAUGUUAUCAAGCGUCCAGGCGUGGACCACUUCCUCACCGAGAUGGGCAAGAUUUACGAAGUCGUCGUCUUCACCGCGUCGUUGAGCAAGUACGCCGACCCAGUCCUCGACAUGCUCGACGUCGGCCGAGUCGUGAGGCACCGUCUCUUCCGCGAGAGCUGCUACAACCACAAGGGCAACUAUGUUAAGGACCUGUCGCAGCUCGGCCGUGACAUUGACAAGUCGAUUAUCAUUGACAACUCGCCGGCGUCGUACAUUUUCCACCCGAACAAUGCUGUCCCGGUCUCGACCUGGUUCAACGACCCUCACGACACCGAGCUCACCGACCUGUGUCCUUUCCUGUCGGACCUUGCUGGCGUCGACGACGUGCGCGGCGUUCUCGACGGUGGCAUCUAG